UAACUAGUUUGUUGUUGUUGUCAUGUCGAGUCCCGUUCUCAGUUCAUCAUCAUCCAUACAUAUUUAGUAAUUAAUUGUAAAAAAUAUCACAAUAUCUUAAAUUAAAAUGUAUGACAUUUGCCAUCCAAGCUAUUAUAGAAUUAGUCAACUCGGAUGUAAAAAUGAACUCAAAAUUACAACUGCUUUCUAUAUUUAUAUGGAAUUAUGUGAAGAAAAAAAAUUGUGGGGUGUUGAAUAUAAAUAUGAGCAAGAAUUAGAUCUAAUUUAUCUUCUUGCAAAAACAAGUAAAAAUGCUGACAGCGAAACAUACAUUCCUUGGUCAUCAAUAAGAAAUUUAAAAUUGCGUGAUAUUGUCGAUAUUCAAAACAAAUUAAAAUGUUCCAGCUUUAUACUGGCGGUAAAAAGUGGAGAAGGUAUAAGUGUAAUGUACAGAGUUUGUAAAGAUCUCAUUAAACCUUUGGCUCCUUCGGGGAUCAGUACAAAACGCGAAUCGAUGGUGAAAAAAUCAAAAUUAGAUGAUGAAAUUACAAGAAACAGUCGCAAUUUAUAUCUAUUAGCUAAAUCUAGGCAAACAAAAAAUGUAAAUUAUAAUGAAGAGAUUUUGUAUAAAAUAGAGUAAAUGAAUUACAAGACUA